CACACUGCUCCAACCUGGGUCCCCCACGGGCGGCAGCUCCUGCCAGGUCACCUGCUCCUGCGUGGGCUCCUCUCCACGGGCUGCAGCUCCGGCCCGGAAUCUGCUCUGGCGGGGAUCCUCCACAGGCUGCAGCCUGCUUCAGUGUAGGUCCACCUGCUCCACCGUGGCCUCUUCCACGGGCUGCAGCGUGGAACCCUGCUCCACCGUGCUACUCCAUGGGCUGCAGGGGGACAACCUGCUUCACCGUGGUCCUCGCCACAGGCCGCAGGGGAACUUCUGCUGUGGUGCCUGGAGCACCUCCUCCCACUCCUUCACUGACCUUGGGUCUGCAAGGCUGUUUCUCACUCCUCUCUCUCUCCCAGCUGCUGUUCCGCAGCAGCUUUUUCCCUUUCUUAAAUAUGCUCUCACAGAGACGCAAACAACACCGCUUAUUGGCUUGGCUCUGGACAGCAGCAGGGCCCUUAUCUAAAAUGGGGCAGCUUCUGGAUUCUUCGCACAGAAGCCACCCCUAUGGGCCCCCGCUACCAAAACUUGCCAAGUAGGCCCACUACAAUUUCUUCUCAGAAAGAAUAGUCAGGAAUUGGAACGGGUUGCCCAGGGAAGUAGUGGAGUCACCUGGGGGUGUUCAAGGAAAGGCUGUACGUGGUGCUUAGGGACAUGCUUUAGUGGGUGACAUUGGUAGUAGGGGGAUAGUUGGACCAGAUGAUCUUGAGGGACUUUUCCACCCUUAAUGAUUCUACGAUUCUGUGAUUCUAAUUAGGAGGCUUUGAACCCUGAUGGUGAGAGUUGGAGAAAGGAGUCAGGGCUCAGACCGGACUGUCAACUGCAGUAAAGACUAUUAAGACCGCUGGCUUUGUAACGUCUCUUGCUGAUGUCUGGGGGAGAAAACGAGCUCUGGUCUCACCCUGCUCUCGAGAAACCGUGGAGGAGAAGGACGUGAGGAGGGAGCAAGCUGCGAGCCAAACGCCAGGUGUCCUGCGGCUGUCCCGGAGGGUGGCAAUGCUGGCCCAAAGGUGCGGUGCAGGCGCCGCCACUCCAGGGCUGCAGCCCUGUCCGAGGGACAUCUCCGCUCCUGCCUGUGGCACGGGGAGCGUUGCCAGCAGGCCGAGGGAAGCAAUCCUUCCUCUCCACCGCGUGCCGCGGGACCCGGCGUUUGAGCCCACGCCGGCUGCAAGAGCGGCCACCCUCUUGCUUGGGUGCCAAGGGCCCAGGCCCCAGCGGGGCACCUCCAGCCACCCCCGUGAGGCGGGGGCUCUGUCACAGUGGGUCCCUGCCCAAACGGGGGGCGUGCGGUGGUGAUGUCACAAUGGCCACUGUGACCCGCGGGGCGAGGAGCAGAUAAAAGGCUGCUGGGCUCGGGCCGUGCCUCAGUGCGAUUUGGUGAGUUGGGGAGAGAGCAGGGAGGAGGGGGCUGGCCGGGGCUGCCGAGGGAGGAGGGGUCCCACACCUCGGGCCCGUGCUACAGACUCACCCUCGUCCUGCUUCUCCCUCAGGGUCGGCAGAGGAGCGUGUGGAGGAGAAACCCCGGCACUGCUGGGGCAGCGACUCUCCAAGUGCUCGCUGUCGAAGUGCACCAUGUCUGCAAUGAAGCGGAAGGCUCCCGACUCGAGGGAACAAGGUGAGAGAAAAGCAUCCCAUCCCACAGGAGGGCGGGGAGGGGCUGGGGGGGGUGCCUGUGGCUGAGAGGGGAGGCAGGGGCAGGCAGGGGCUCCCCAACCACCCCGGGGCAGGGCCCCUCUGCUCCUUGGCAGGGGGGGCCCAGGUCGGGCUGUGGGUGCCUGCUGGGACCCUUGUGCCUGCUGUGCCCCCUUCCCCUCCACAGCCUCUGGCCCUGCCCAUCAGCCAGCGUGGCAGGGACAGAACAGGCCCUCGGGGACAGUCCCUCAGGGACACCUGGCCCCGCAAAGGCGCUCAAUGGCUGUGCCGUUUGCUCUCUCCCCUCCAGCAUGCAUGCUGUGUGGCCGGGCAGAUGCUGACCCAAACAUCUGCGGCCCCAAACACAAAAGGAAUGGGCUCUGUGCCCACGCGUUUUGCCUGGUGAGUUCUCCGUGGCUCCUGUCAGCAUCCCACCAGGGACGGUCCCUUCCUCUACGACCCCUAAUGAGAUCCUGCUCUUUUCUCUUCUACAGUAUUUUGUGGAUAGCCUUUCACGGCGUGGAAGCAUGCGCAAACACAUAGAGGGGUACCGUCCUGACGACAUCCGAUGCGCGAUCAAGCGGGCAUCCCAGAAGGUGAGGACCUGAUGGGGAACAGGGAGGUUUGUGCCAGGAGAUGCUCCCGCAAGCUUAGCCUGGACCCCAAGGAAGCAAUCCCAGCCUUUCCAACCUGCUCCGGGACAAACUGCUGCUCUGGCAGACGAGCCUCGUCCGCCAGGCGGGUCUGCAGAGUGUGACCCAGCAGCGCCCGCACCCUGUGCCCUGCCCUGCCCAGGGGUGUGGGGCCAGCGGUGGCGGCGGCAUCGAGCCUGCUGCUAAUGGGGCUGCUGUGUUCUUUUCAGCAAUGCUUCGUUUGUGGCGAGCGAGGGGCCACCAUCACCUGCACGGAGACGGGCUGUGAACGCAGCUUCCAUCUCCCCUGCGCCUCGGAGGGAGAAUGUGUCACCCAGUUCUUUGGGCGGUACAGGUCCUUCUGCUGGGAGCACCGCCCUCAGCAGGCAGUGCAGGCAGCUCCAGAGCAGGACACCACCUGCACCAUCUGCAUGGACCCUGUGGGGGACAGCAAGUCCUACCACACCAUGGUGUGCCCAGCCUGCAGUCACGCCUGGUUCCACCGGGGCUGCAUCCAGGAACUGGCCAUACACACAGACAAUCACCGCAUCAAGUGCCCCGUCUGCAGAAACAGGGGGGAGUUUCGUUCAGAAAUGUCCAUCAUGGGGAUCCGAGGGAUCCGAGUCCCAGUCAGAGGACCAGCCUGGGAGAACAACAACGCCUCUGCAUCGCUGCAAGAGAGGUGCCGGCGCUGUACUGCCAGGGAAUGCCUUUACCCACAAGGCAGGGAGCAGGCGGAGGGACAGGGGCCCUGGCAGCUGCUCCUGUGCCGCUCCUGCGCUGCCGAAGGCACCCACCGGCGCUGCUCCAACUUGACCAACAGCGCAGGCACCUGGGAGUGCGACAGCUGCGCUGGCGUGGGCACCAGCAGCCAGGCAGCACUGUGGCCAUUACAAGGGAUCCUGGUGACUGACAGUAGAAGACGGGAGAGAGACCGGACGACGAUCCGCCAUACAGACACCCCGCCAGCCAGCGGGGGCGACCCCGGACGAGAAGCCGCUCACCGCUGGAACGUCCAGCCCCAGAUCCCCAGAGCCGGCCCCGAAGACGCCUCAGGAGCAGCCAUGCACCACAAACUGGUGGUGCUGGAGCAGCAGCAGCACCAGAUCUGCCAGGCGGGCGGCAUCAGGGUCCCCCAGUGGAUCCCCGGGGCCUGA